GAACUGGAAAGAACCACCGAAACGGGGCGUCUAAAUCUCACAGUAUUCAGGGAUGAUGUCAAGUUGAAGCACGGAAUGGAAAACAGGGUGGGAAACUACCUCGUAUUCCUGGAGCCUGGAGACGCCUAUUUCCUCACGGCGGACCAGUACCAGAGGUUCUACACAGAGAUAGGAGAUGAAGCGGCAAAAGAGAAGUACUUGCGAGAACGGAGAAAGGUGUUGCCGCGUGGCACCAAACGGCGCAGUGCUAACGGCGUGGCCGGUGGCUACGAAACUCAGAACCAUGCAGCUCCGGGCGACUACAUUGCGCUUGGGGCACAUGGAGAGCAAUACGUGAUCGCAGCACAUGUGGCGGCGGCAAAGAUUCUCUUCGAUACUUGCACAGAGCUACCACCAGGUUCUGAGCUUGCGGCCAAGGGAUUCAAGGUGUACGAUCCGAACGAUCCCCCCAAAAUGGUCGUCGAAGUCACGGAGGAAGACUUGCCGCCUGGCGGAAGAUUCAUGGCCGCGUGGAACGAGGUCAUGAUGGUGAAGACUGGGGAUUUCAUCAUCGGCUGUGGCAAAAGCCACGGCCAGAUGGAAGUGUACCGGGUCGAUAGAGAGACCUUCCUGAGUACAUACACUCGCUGGGAGGAACCUGAGGCCAGCUGCAACCUUCAGAGAGCCCGUCUUCAAGCCAGGCCAUCACCAGCCCAACAGUUGUUGGAAAAGCGUUCUGCCCUGACCUGGGAACACAAGCAGUGCAAUAGGUGGGGAAACUAA